AUGGCUGCUCUCAGCUGUGCCCGCUGGCUGACCCGAGCGCUGGUUGCCGCCCCGACCCCUGGGGCAUGGAGGGGCCUGGGCACCUCCGCGGUGGCGCACGCCACCUCGCGCGUCCAGUCGCAGGCCGAGGACGUGAGGGUGGAGGGCGCCUUUCCCGUGACCAUGGUGCCAGGAGACGGCGUGGGGCCUGAACUGAUGCAUGCUGUCAAGGAGGUGUUCAAGGCUGCCUGUGUCCCAGUGGAGUUCCAGGAGCAUUACCUGAGCGAGGUGCAGAAUAUGGCUUCUGAGGAGAAGCUGGAGCAAGUUCUGAGUUCCAUGAAAGAGAACAAGGUGGCCCUCAUUGGAAAGAUUCACACCCCGAUGGAAUAUAAGGGGGAACUAGCCUCCUACGAUAUGCGGCUGAGGCGUAAGCUGGACUUGUUUGCCAAUGUGGUCCAUGUGAAGUCCCUUCCUGGGUACGUGACUCGACACAACAACCUAGACCUGGUGAUCAUCCGAGAGCAGACAGAAGGGGAGUACAGCUCUCUGGAGCAUGAGAGUGCGAGGGGCGUGAUUGAGUGCUUAAAGAUUGUCACUCGAACCAAAUCUCAGCGGAUUGCAAAGUUCGCCUUCGACUACGCCACUAAGAAGGGGCGGAACAAGGUCACGGCUGUCCACAAGGCCAACAUCAUGAAACUUGGGGACGGGUUGUUCCUGCAGUGCUGUGAGGAAGUUGCUGAACUGUACCCCAAAAUCAAGUUUGAGACUAUGAUCAUAGACAACUGCUGCAUGCAGCUGGUGCAGAAUCCUUACCAGUUUGAUGUGCUGGUGAUGCCUAAUCUCUAUGGGAACAUUAUUGACAAUCUGGCUGCCGGCCUGGUCGGGGGAGCUGGUGUGGUACCCGGGGAGAGCUAUAGUGCAGAGUAUGCAGUUUUUGAGAUGGGUGCCCGGCACCCAUUUGCCCAGGCAGUGGGUAGGAAUAUAGCCAACCCCACAGCCAUGCUGCUCUCCGCUUCCAACAUGCUGAGGCACCUGAAUCUAGAAUAUCACUCCAACAUGAUUGCAGAGGCGGUGAAGAAGGUGAUCAAAGUUGGCAAGGUGCGGACACGAGACAUGGGCGGCUACAGCACCACAACGGACUUCAUCAAGUCUGUCAUCGGCCACCUGCACCCAUAUGGGGCCUAGAGCCCUUUAUUCCCUCCAACCUCAUGAGGACCAUACUUCUUACACUCCCCUUCCUACAGUGGACCAGAGAAGAGCCCUUAAACCUCUAGACCAUAACCAUCUUCUGGGCAGAGCCUAGGUUGUCCCGGGGCUGGCUUCCUUAGGGAACUGUAUAGGGUGUGGGGAGGGUUAGGGAUGGGUCCAGGCCACAGGGAUGAUGACGCUUCUCCCCGCAGGUUCGAACUCCUGACAUGGGUGGCUAUGCCACCUGCCAAGACUACACUGAGGCUGUCAUUGAUGCCCUUUCCCACCUGCAUCCACAUAAAGGUGUCUAAUAAAACAUGUGCAUCAA